AUGAAGUUCAUCGUCAUUACCGUUCUGGCAGCUCUGCUGACCACUGCUGCUGCUCAAGGCCUGGGUGAUCUACCCGGUUGCUCGAAAUUCUGCGCUACAGGUGCAAUUCCCAAGGACUGCGGCCUUGAUAUCAAGUGCAUUUGCGAAGCCAAGUCCUUCCUCACUGAAGUCACUUGCUGCGUCGCUCAUGAGUGCUCCAAGGAAGACCAGGAGACUACCAUCAAGGCCGCCAAGUCCAUCUGUGCCCGUGGAGGCGUGACCGAUCUGCCCGAGGAAGUGGUCUGCCCGAACUCAAACUCCAGCACUGGCUCCGGUUCCAGCUCGACCGAGACUACCACCAAGACCGGCACCGUGACUGCUGCGACUAAGACUGACGGUUCGACUACUGUCACGGGCACCCACACUGGCACCACGACCUCCACCGGUACCUUGCUCGUUUCGACCUCUACUGUUGGCGCGACUAGCACUGCCAUGGCUGCAAUGCCCCACAAGGACUCUCUCGUGGCUGCUGCGGGCGCUGCGGCGGCGUUUGCCAUGCUGAUCUAA